AUGGUAACAGCUAGUCCACCGAGCUCGUAUUUUGAACGUCUCUAUAUUUUCAGAUUGGUACUGCUCUCUCUUCUUGCUGUCGUCCACGGCCAGACAACAGCACAGCAGCCGAGCUAUUCGCUACCUAUAGGGGUAAAACUUUGGGAUGGCCAGGUGUUCGAGUACAUCGUGGUGGGAGCGGGUGCCGCGGGGUCGGCGGCUGCCGCCAGGCUUGCUCUUGCAGGGGCUAACGUGCUGCUCAUAGAAGCGGGGGGCGAUCCUGACCUCGUCUCCAGGGCACCGGCUGCAUCGAUGGCGCUAUUGGGUUCUGCCCUGGAUUAUCAUUAUGACACUGUGCCUAACAACGUGUCGUGUCUGUCGUCGCAGAAUAAAGCGUGCGUAGCCAGCCGCGGCAAGUGUCUGGGAGGCUCCACCAGUAUCAACUACAUGAUGUACGUCCGCGGUAAUCGGGACGACUUCGAUAGUCUCAACAUCACAGGCUGGUCCUGGAACGACGUAGAACCUUAUUUCUUACGUUACGAAGGGUUACAGGACUUAGACCUGCUUCCUGCAUCUUCCAUACCAUAUCACAACACCACAGGUACGAUGAAGAUUGAAUUCUUCGAAGAUUCUAACAAUCCUUGGCAUUCAAGGAUUGUUGAUGGCUAUGAAGCUUUAAAUUUCCCCAACAAUCCUGAUGUAAAUGCGGCAACCCAAAUUGGAGUCUCUCAUAUCAUUGGCUAUACUUAUGAUAAUUUGCGUAUGAGCACUGCACGAGGAUAUCUCGGUAGGACUGAUGUGAAGAGGAAGCUGAAAGUGGCCAAGUUCACGACGUGUACUGGAGUUAUCAUAGACGAUAACAAUGUGGCGCGCGGAGUCACCGUCGCUCAUGGUCUGUUCAAAGCUAAACUACGGUUGUACGCGAAGAAAGAAGUUAUCUUAAGUGCUGGCGCUCUAGUCACCCCACAACUGCUCAUGUUGUCUGGGAUCGGUCCGGCUGAACAUUUAAACGAGUUAGGUAUACCACUUCGUGUAGAUCUGUCUGUAGGUGAUGACAUGACAGAUCACACGUUACCGUUAGUUUUCAUUAAGGUGGACGAGGAGUUAAAUUUACUGAAAGAGGUUCUGGAUGGCUCCGAGAAGGUCUUCAGCUCAUUGGCCGAUAUAAUACUAACACGAGGUGGAUCUUUGGGAUCCAUCGGCCUCACCGAUGUAACGGGUUUCGUGAACACGCUAUGUUACGAUUUUGACAAACACCAGCUUAUAAACAACAGCACCGAGUGCGAGUUGCCCACGACACAAUUCAUUCACGCGUACAUAGAUAGAGGUUUGCUCGUCGUCGGAGGAGCCUUUAUGCAACACAGCACUGGAUUAGAGGACUCUGUGAUCAAACAAUUGACUGAAAUUAGUAAAAAUUCAGCGUUUAUAAUAAUAUCGUCUCUGGUGUUGCGACCAAAGUCGAGCGGUAGGGUGCGGCUGGCGAGCGCGGAUCCGCUUCAACCCCCUACCAUAUUUCCCAAUUAUCUGUCUGACGACCGAGAUGUGGAGGAGAUUCUACGUGGCAUAAAUAUAAUUAAAGACUUAAUGGAGACGCCCGCGUUCAAAUCGCGCGGCGCGUCUAUGGUGCAGCUGGAGCUGGAGGGCUGUCCUCGAAGCGCAGAGGAGGACUGGUCGUCGUACUGGGGCUGCUACGCGCGGCACAUGACGUACUCGACGUUCCACUCGGUGGGCACGACGGCGCUGGGCCGCGUGGUGGACGGCCGGCUGCGCGUGCGCGGCGUGCGCCGGCUGCGCGCCGCCGACGCGGGCGUGCUGCCCCGCCCGCCGCGCGGGAACACCGCCGCCGCAGCCAUCGCACUAGGGGAGAGGGCCGCCGACUUCGUUCUAGAAGACGAUGCAUAG